AUGAAGAAGAACUCAAAAGGCGAAAGGCACGAAACUCUUGUUUCAUGUUUGGACACUAAAAAGAAUUCAAAGCAAGCUGCUGAUUCACCGAAUCAGUAUUGGUUAGAACCAGUUGUUUCGUUUGAACUCCAAAAUACUCUGGACUCACAACUAGAUCUUACAAUUACAUCUAAAGCCUUCAAGUUUCGUUCUUUCAUCAAGGUUGAGAAAUUCCCCGUCUCUAAUAAUGGUGCUGAUCAACUUCUCUUCCAAUUUUAUCUUAAGCACAUGAGGAUGCAAUACGAGACUGGGAGUGCCAGCAAGAUCACAACAGUGAAGGUCACCAGACCAAUCGAGAUUGACAGUUUUCCAAAUGCCAAAUUCAAAUUUGUCAAAGGUUCUGUGAUUCAAUUUCAUGAAUUCACUCUCACAGACCUGUCGUGUAUCAAUCCUUACGACUGGAUAAUUCUCUACAACUUGUUAUUGCGAUACGCGCAGAAGACUGGUGGUUCUUUUUGA